UUGACUUUGAGGCAAUUGCCUUAGAGAAGCUGUUUGUGACUCAUUCAGUAUCCCUGGUCUGUCCUGCCAGCAGGGCUCCAGGGACCACUUCAUUCUGGAGAACAAGUUCUGCGUGGCGCCGCGCAGCUGGAUAUCCUGGAACCAAUCCUAAAAAUAAUUCUGAGGAACCGACACUACCUCUACCUCCGUGGGACAUAAAACAUGCGAAGCCUCAGUCAGGGGGUCUCAGUCUGCACCCACAAAGUCAAACAGGGAACUCCCUCGACGUGUUUCGGCUGUUUCUCCGCUGAGCGCACACUCAUCCAGCAUUCGUGAUCAUGACUUCGGGUCUGUCUUACUCUAAAGCCGUCUACAUCGGGAUGGAGGUGGUGAUCGCCGUGUCCUCGGUCAUCGGGAACGUGAUGGUGGUCUGGGCUGUGCGUAUUAACCGGUCUCUGAGAGACACCACGUUUUGUUUCAUCGUCUCUCUGGCCUUGGCUGACAUUGCGGUCGGGGCUCUUGUUAUCCCCCUCGCCAUAACCAUCAGCAUCGGACUCAAGACGCACUUCUACAGUUGCCUGCUGGUCGCCUGCACAGUGCUCGUCCUCACUCAAAGUUCAAUCCUGGCGUUGCUGGCCAUCGCCAUCGACCGCUAUCUGAGAGUCAAAAUACCCAUGAGCUACAAGCGAGUUGUGACCCCUCGGCGAGCUGGUACAGCCGUGUUGUUGUGUUGGCUGGUAUCCAUCAUAGUGGGCCUCAUGCCUAUGCUCGGCUGGAAUAACCUGCAGCGUCUCCACAACACCUCCCUGAUCACAGACGACCUCUUGGUGAUCUGCGAAUUUGAGACAGUCAUCAGCAUGGACUACAUGGUCUACUUCAACUUCUUUGGCUGGGUGCUGCCUCCACUGCUACUCAUGCUGGCGAUCUACGUUGAGAUUUUCUACAUGAUCCACAAGCAGCUCAACAAGAAGGUGACAGCGAGCCACACAGACCCGAGACGUUACUUCGGCAAGGAGCUCAAGCUAGCCAAGUCACUCGCCCUUGUUCUUUUUCUCUUCGCAGUCAGCUGGCUCCCUCUUCACAUCCUCAACUGCAUCACCCUCUUCUGCCCCGCCUGUGACAAGCCAGCAUUCCUCAUUUACAUCGCCAUCAUCCUUAGCCACGGCAACUCAGCUGUCAACCCCAUUGUUUAUGCUUUCCGCAUCAAGAAAUUCCGCACAACGUUCCGGAAAAUCUGGAAACAGUAUGUGCUUUGUCAAGACCCAGUCGGUCGGCUGCCUCAAAGAGGGAGCCAGAGAGUACAGAGUCAUGAGAGGAGGCUGAGGCAGACCGAGGAUGAUGACGAUGAUGUGUGACCUUUGUCAACUACUGGUAUUGCUGUGUAACUGUAAAGUUUCUCUCCGAAAAUGGAAAGAAAGGGGCUUUAUUUUCACACUUGAGGGAUUACUGGUCAAAAUAGCCUUAAUGGCGUUGAAGGAUGUCAGAGGGAUGAAAACAGACAAGGGAACUCCAUCGUGGACAAAAUGAUUUCCUCCAUCCAACAUGCUCCAAGAGGACAGGGUGUCAAAUCAGCAUGGAGACACGAUCAACAGCCUAAAUCAGGCUUUGAUUUAGAUAAGACUGACUGUUUGUUUGUUUGUUUCUCCACUGGCUGAUAAAAUGAUGAUGAUUUCGUACGGGAGAAGGGGCUUCUCAUCAGUUUCAAGACCAACCUGUUGAACUUGAAUCAGUAAGUGUAUAU